CAAAAUACUAGGAAAUCAAUGAUACUUACAUUAUCCUACAUUUGGAAGCGGUGAGCCAAAAAUAGGAGCGGUGAGCUGAUUUUCUAGAGGUUUCCACACCCUGUUUAAUGUUUGUUUAGGGGGGGGAUGGCAGUACCACCAGUCAGAGCGGCGACUAUUACAUUCUGGGUAAGAAAACUAAGGCAAACCCCACUUUCGAAGCGAAAGCCAAGCAGUUGCAAAAUACAACUAUCCUGUUUCCUCCUUUCCCCUCUUUCCCACGUCACACAAACACUCAUGCACAAACCAUCCAAAGUCCCAAAUUCAGCAUUCAAUAUCGAACAAUUGCUUCCAAAACUUAAAACAUAUAUGCAGCCCAAAAUAUCAGCCCAGCCACCACCACACCCUAUCAUCCCCUCGCUCCGCUCCUCCUCCCGCCUCCUCGUCCGCGAAUUAGGGUUCAUGUCUAGCAGCUUAGCCGGGACAUCCUACUCAGCCAGCGCUGUUCACGCCAUCGUCGAGAUCGGCCUUCACGAACAAACACAAACUCAAGGACAAUCCACUGCUCACAAGACCAAGACACCAAGUGCGGGCAUCACAGCAGCGACACUCUGUACAGAGCUCAAUCUCGAGAAGAGCAGCGUGAGUCGCUUGUUGAAGAAAUUAGUUGAGGCGGGGGAGGUGAGUGAGGGGUAUGGGGAUGAUGCGAGGGAGAAGGUGUUGAGGUUGACGGAGAAGGGGAGGGAGACGUUGAAGGGUAUUGAUAGUUAUGGAGAGUCUCUGAUUUUGGCUGCUUUUGAACGGUUGCCGCGAACUGCUACACCUGAUGAUAUUCUCAAAGGGAUCAGCGUCUACGCCGACGCCCUCCGCUCCAACAGACUUUCUACCGCACUACCUUCCACACCCCAAGCCCUCGUUCAAAACGCCCACUCCACGCCAAUUAUCACCCCAACCAUCACAAUCCACACAGGCUACCGUCCUGGCCUCCUAGCCCGUUGUCUCACCAUGCACAUGAACACCUAUCAAUCUCACGGCUUCGGCGUCGACUUCGAAAGCAUGAUAUCCACCGGCUUCGGCGAACUCCUCACCCGUCUCGACCCUCACACCACACAAGCAUUUUACGCCCUCUCCACUCCCACCCCAUCACCCCCCCAAGGUAUAAACCAAAGCGAACCCCAAAUCAUCGGGACAAUUUUCAUGGAUGGCGUGGAUCUCAGCCUCCCAUCUACGCCCUCUGCAAAGGGACACGAGUACAUGUCCUCCAUCAACGGCCACUCGGCUAGAAAAGUACACUUGCGAGGUUUCAUCGUCGAUGAAGGAGUGCGUGGUGGUGGGGUAGGUAAGAAGUUAUUGGAUGAUGCUCUGGCGUGGGCGGAUGAGAGGGGGUUUGAGGAGACGCAUCUCUGGACUUUUGAGGGAUUGAGGGCCGCGAGGAAGUUGUAUGAGGGGAGAGGGUUUGGGUUGAGGGAUGAAGAAAGGAGGAUGAUGUGGGAGGGGAAGGAAUUGCUUGUGCAGCAUUUUGUAAGGGUCAGACCGGUGGUAGAGUGA